UCGGUGAGGCGACAUAGGCGGCCGCGGCUGGUCGGUAGAGCAUACGGCGAGAGCGAGAGAGAUAGCACAGAGAGCGAGAGAGAGCGCUAUCAGAGGACGAGCCGUGAUGGAGUUGACGUCGGCGUCGCGGGGUGACAGCUCCGAGUGCAGCGCGUGCCAGUGCAGGGUGCCAUGUGACUGCGGCCACGGGCCGCUCGACUGUGCACACACCGUCACACAGACGGCCCAUGUGCACGCCGUCGACGGCUCGCGGAGGCGGACCGUGCCCGUGUCGGCGGCGACGGUACGACACAGCACACCCUGCCUCCACGCAUUCCAGUAUUUAUUCAAACACCCGUCAGUAUUUCUGUUCCUGUUUUUAUCGUCACUCUCACCGGCCAUGUCGGCACCGACGGCGAGACGCUCUCAGUGGAAGAACCCCUGCUCGAUCGAGCACUCUCAGGCGUUCGAUGGCGACGUCACCAUGCAGGCGCCGCCGGACGCCGUCAUCUUGAACCGCAUCAUCACACUCAACAAUCGGGUGCGGCCCGAGGUCGACAUGAAAAUGGACGCAUUC